AUGGCUUCAGCUUCUCCCUCAGCCAUUGAGCGGCUACCGCCAGGACAGCAUCGCUAUCCUGACUAUGGCGGCAACCCUCUCGCUCACAUCUUAUCCAAUGUCGAGUCAGAGCGGCUACCAGCCUUCGGUGGUGCUUUCCAGCCAGGUCUAUACAAACCACCGGCCUUCAAGUUUGGCAACCCAGUCCCCCUCGGAUUGAGCGGCUUCGCCUUGACAACAUUCGUCCUCAAUUUGAUCAAUCUAGGUGUCCGAGAUAUCACCUCGCCAGCUCUCGUCAUCGCUCCGGCUCUAGUCUAUGGCGGUUUCAUACAAUUGCUAGCUGGUAUGUGGGAUAUAGCUCUCGGUAAUGUCUUCGGCGGCACCGCACUGUCUACCUACGGUGGCUUCUGGAUCAGUCUAGCCAUCCUUCUCAUCCCAGGCGGUUUCGGCAUCGAGAAAUCCUACGCUUCCCAGGGUGAUUUCUAUGCCGCCUUCGGACUCUACAUUUUCGGUUGGAUGAUUGUGACGAUCAUGUUCUGGCUCUGUACACUACGCAGCACAAUAUUCUUCUCCUCUUUGUUCUGCACGGUCUGGCUUUCCUUCCUGUGUCUCGGUAUAAGCUACCUAGACGCCCAGAAUAAUGCCGAAGGACUUCCAAAUCUGGCGUGGCAGAAGGCCGGUGGUGGGCUAGGCAUUAUAGCGGCCUUUUUGGCGUGGUAUAACAUGCUGGCGGGAUUGUUGGAUCCAGGGAACUCGUUCUUUCUCGUGCCGGUGUUUCACUUUCCUUGGAGCGAGAAGGGGCGCAGUGAUAGGAUGAAAGCUAAGCAGGAUGGCAAUGGAGAGAGCGUGUAG